AAACAGUUCAUAAAAUUACUAGAAAACUUGAAAUACAAAAUAACGAACAUAUACUAAAUAUUAUUAAUAUUUUUAAAACUAGAUUAACUAAUGACAAUUUAAUUGCUAUACAAGCAUAUAUAGCACAUAAUAUAACUAAAAACCUAUAUCAGAAAAUAUGGGUUAUACGAUGCCAAUCCCAACACUCAAGCUCAAGUCAACCAGAACCUAUUGAG